GUUUCGGCUGAGGUGACGCUUUUACUCAUUGUUCAGAAGAGCGUCGGCCAGCAGUCCGGGGUGAGUGGCGAAGUACAGCGAUACCCAGAAAACACACAGCUGGCCUGGGACUAUCUGAAAAGACGACGACAGCACUUGCGUACUUCCACAGGUUCGCUCCAUUGUUUUGAGCCUAGGCGGUGAGGAUGGCAAUGCAAAUGGGUGAGCCAGAGGGCAUGAUGAAGGUGACGGAAUGGCAGCAGACAUACUAUGGCACAGACUCGGGCAUUCAGUCUGGAGCCACCACCGUCAGAGAUGAUGAAAGCUCGGAGUACACCACCUCCAAGCAGUACACAGUCACAACUGUCACAAGUGAAGAUCCUGGUGAACUGGAGUCCCAGUAUACGCUGACCAGGGCCCAGCGAGUGCGGGCAGCCAUGUUCCCAGAGACAUUGGUGGAGGGCACGACCAUCUUGUCCACCCAGACAGAUGCAUCUCAGAUGACUAAUGUUCAACGGUUGGCUGAGCCCUCACAGUUGCUGAAGACGGCCAUCAUUCAUCUGAUCAACUACCAGGAUGAUGCUGAGCUGGCCACCCGUGCCGUGCCUGAGCUCACAAAACUUCUUAAUGAUGAAGACCAGGUGGUGGUCAAUAAAGCAGCGCUGAUUGUCAACCAGCUGACACGCAAAGAGGCUUCGCGGCGUGUGCUGAUGCAGUCGCCACAGGUGGUGGCAGCAGUGGUGCGGGCCAUGCAAAACACGGGCGACAUGGAGACGGCCCGGGCAACCGCUAGCAUCCUGCACAACCUGUCCCACCAGAGGGAGGGUUUGCUGUCCAUCUUCAAGUCCGGAGGCAUCCCCGCCUUGGUCCGCAUGCUCAGCUCUCCGAUGGAGUCAGUGCUGUUCUAUGCCAUCACCACUCUCCACAACCUGCUGCUGCACCAAGAGGGAGCAAAGAUGGCUGUUCGUCUUGCCGAUGGCCUCCAGAAAAUGGUUCCUCUGCUGAAGAAGAGCAACCCUAAGUUCCUGGCCAUCACCACAGACUGUCUGCAACUGCUGUCGUAUGGCAAUCAGGAGAGCAAGCUGAUCAUUCUUGCCAAUGGGGGUCCUGAGGGUCUGGUUCACAUCAUGAGAAACUACAGCUAUGAGAAGCUGCUGUGGACCACUAGCCGUGUUCUCAAAGUCCUCUCUGUCUGCCCCAGCAACAAACCUGCCAUUGUUGAGGCUGGUGGGAUGCAGGCUCUGGGUAAACACCUGACAGGCUCCAGCCAGCGUCUGAUGCAGAAUUGUCUGUGGACACUCAGGAACCUGUCGGAUGCUGCCACCAAACAGGAGGGCAUGGACAGCCUGCUGCAAGUGCUGGUGGGCCUGCUUAGCUCGGAUGACUUGAACAUGCUCACGUGCGCCACUGGUAUCCUCUCCAACCUCACGUGCAACAACAGUCACAACAAGAGCCUGGUCACCCAGAGUAACGGCGUGGAGGCGCUGAUCCACGCCAUCCUGCGGGCCAGCGAGAAGGAGGAUGUAACCGAGCCAGCUGUCUGUGCUUUGCGCCAUCUGACCUCACGUCACCAGUACGCAGAAAUGGCGCAGAACGCUGUACGGCUGCACUACGGUAUCCCUGCCAUCGUCAAGCUGCUCAACCAGCCCUACUAUUGGCCUGUCAUCAAGGCUGUGGUCGGCCUGAUCCGGAACCUGGCUCUGUGCCCAGAAAACCAGGCCCCUCUGAGGGAUGCAGGAGCAAUCCCACGUCUGGUCAACUUGCUGCUCAAAGCCCACCAGGACGCCCAGAAACAUGGCUCAUCCACCCAGCAGAACUAUCAGGAUGGAGUGAGGAUGGAGGAGAUUGUGGAGGGCUGCACAGGAGCACUGCACAUCAUGGCCAGAGAUCCCGUCAACAGAGGCGAGAUUGCCAGCAUGCAGACCAUUCCUUUGUUUGUACAGCUCCUGUACUCCCCAGUGGACAACGUGAAGCGUGUGGCAACAGGAGCUCUGUGUGAGCUGUCCCUGGACAAACCGUCAGCCGAGCUUAUCGACGCAGAGGGUGCGUCAGCUCCGCUGAUGGAGCUGCUGCACUCAAGCAAUGAGGGCAUUGCCACCUAUGCUGCGGCUGUCCUCUUCCGUAUUUCUGAGGACAAGAGCUCGGACUACAAGAAACGUGUUUCCGUUGAGCUCACGCACUCCCUCUUCAAACACGACCCGGUUGCCUGGGAGAGGGCCCAUAAUGCCGUUGCAAUGGAUGGAGGCUACACAACAGACGAGCUGGACGUUGCCUACGCUGGCUAUGGCGGGUAUCCAGCUGAAAUGCCCAUAGAUGGCAUGGAUGUAGAAGUGAUGCAUGACGACUACCCGGGUGGCAUGGUCUAUGACAGGCAGCCGUACCCUGAGCCCUAUUAAAGACACAAACUGGAAUGAGCAAUGGAGAAGGAGACGGAGGAGCUGAGUUUCGAAAACACGAAGAAAAGAAUCAAGUAGUCGUCAGGCGCUUAAUGUAAUAUAUGCAGUUAUCACCGACUAUGGGACUUGUAAUCUUAACAGGGCUUAUCUUUGUUUUAUAAUAUAAUUCUGAAGAUAUUGAUAGUGAUGAAAGUGAUUGUGCAUGUAGAUUUUUUGUUAGAGAAACUUUAAAGGGUGUGCGUGUGUUUUUGUGUGUGUGUGUGUGUGUGUGUGUGUGCGUGUGUGUGCGUGUGAGUGUGUAUGCUUUUGGGUGGGUAAUCAAUGCCAAAGAGAUUUUAUUUUGUGAUGAUAAUCAUGUAGCUUCCUUUUAUAUAUAUAUUACACAAGCAGAAAAAAAGUUGAAAACACUGCCAGAGGUGGCUCGACAUGUACAGCCCUUCUGCCCACUGUUCAGUUCUUCCCUAAUGCCUUUAUAACAGACACUGCUAUCUAUACUUUAUUUUAACACUUUACCCUCAGCCUUCUCCCUGUGAACCAGCAGGAGUUGGCGGAAGUGGAAACGAGCUCAUGACUUGAUACUGACUCCUUCACGUGGUUGUUUCCAUUGACUUUCAUACUUAAGGGAGACGACACAUUCAGGAAAGGGAGGGUCUUUGAAAGACUUUUGGAAAAGCUCUACAGGGCUGACCCCUAUUAGGUUAUCGGUGAGUUUUAGGAUUAUUGUUGGCUAAGACUGUUAAAUUAAAAGUGGGUUUAAUAAAUUGUCGUGUCAGGUUAUUUAAUGGAAAAUCACUUGCGUAUCCACCAUCACAAAAAAUAUUAAAAGAUUCCUUGGGGUUUUUUGUAAACAUCAAAUCUGCAGAAAGUAAGUUGUCAUUACUUUAUUAAUGUACUGUCAAGCGGGUCAGUAAUGUGCAGAAAGCAAUUUGACACAUUGGUUCAUAUAAAUUACUGUUUGAUUGGUCAUAGACUUUUAAAUUGGGGGAAGCCCUGAGCAAACUACUGAGAGGGAAUGUUUCUUUGUACUUAAGAGUUUUUACUUAAAUUUUGUUUAAGAAAAUAAAAAGAUAUAGAAAUGGAA